AGUUACACGCUAUUAAAAACUCCCUCCGUUACUUGACCGACUCCUAAGUCCUCAAGUCUUCUUUUGAACAAAAACAGGGACUUUUUUCUUUCAUUUUUCUACAAUCACAAAACCCUCAAUUGCCCAAAAUUUUCCAUGCUUUUAAAAUCUCAAAUUCCCAUUUAAAGGGAGAAAACUCCGUUUUUAACAAAAAAAAUCCUUUCUUUUUACUUAUUUCCGUUUUUAAAUCAUUCAAAUUUCGCAUUGUAAUAUGUAAUUCAAAAUCCAAUGGCGCCUAAUUUCUUCUCAUUUAAAGAUCCAUCGUCAAUUAAUCAGGGUUGUUGAAGCAAAAUAUAGUUUGUUUUUGUGUUUUGUAAUUAUGGAGAGAGAGAAAUCAUUCAAAUACUACUCUCAAGAGCCCGAUUCACCUCAUACGUGGAACGCCGAUUUCGGAUUCACCAACGCAAGCGAUCGGCGUUACGCGUUUUCGCGGCAGUCGUCGUUUCACCAAUCGCAGAAAGAUCCUCAAACGCCGAGGAUUUCGAACUUCUCCAACGAUUCAAUGAAGCCUUUUCUAUCGAGGACUGCUUCAAGCAUCGACAUACCCCCAGGGUUUUACUCUUUUGACGAAGUAAAAGAAGGGCUUUUGGAAGCUAAAAGAUCGGCGGUGGCGGAGAAAUUAUCGGUUUUGGAUUCGUUUUUGUGGAUUUUUCGGGUUAUAAGAACCGGUAACCGGCAAAUGAAGAGGUUGCUAAUUAUGAUUUCACUUAAUGUGGCGUAUUCUACUGCUGAGUUUGCGAUUGGGCUCUUUACGGGCCGUAUUGGUUUGGUAUCUGAUGCAUUUCAUUUGACGUUUGGCUGUGGGCUCUUGACAUUUUCAUUGUUUGCAAUGGCUACUUCUCGAAGAAAGCCCGAUCAUGUUUAUACUUACGGGUACCAAAGACUAGAAGUAUUGUCUGCUUUCACCAAUGCUCUGUUUCUAUUGUUCAUGUCAUUCUCCUUAGCUGUGGAAGCACUUCAUGCUUUCAUCCAAGAUGAAUCAGAGCACAAGCAUUAUUUGAUUGUUUCGGCGGUGACAAAUCUAUUGGUGAAUCUUAUUGGCGUUUGGUUCUUUAGAAAUUAUGCUCGAAUCAAUCUUGUAUACAGGAAACCUGAAGAUAUGAAUUACCACUCAGUUUGCUUGCAUGUUCUUGCAGAUUCCAUUCGCAGUGCAGGUUUGAUAUUGGCAUCCUGGUUUCUGUCUCUUGGGGUUAAUAAUGCUGAAGUUUUGUGUUUGGGAUUAGUUUCGGGUGCAGUCUUCAUGCUUGUCUUGCCUCUGUUUAAAGCAACUGCUGGUGUAUUGCUUCAGACGGCACCACCUAAUAUUCCAUCUUCAGCUUUGAGCAAAUACUGGCGGCAGAUUACUUCUCAUGAAGAUGUUACAGAAGUUUCUCAAGCCCGGUUUUGGGAACUAGUGCCCGGUCAUGUCGUUGGAUCCAUUUCACUUCAGAUGAAGAAAGAGAUGGAUGAUCGCCCAAUACUGGAGUAUGUGCAUAGUUUGUACCAUGAAUUGGGAAUACAUGAUUUGACAGUGCAAACUGAUUACCUAUGAACCACCUGCUGUUUUUUCUUCCUAUAUUUUGCUUUGAUUUUAAGAGAUUGGUGCUUGGAGUCACUUUGUCAUCCUAAAUGGAGACACUAGGAGUACAGGAUAUUUGAAUCUGCUUCUUGGGUCAAAUGACCAUUCAGAGAAUAAUAUUUUUUAGGAAUUUAUAUUAUUUUUCUCAUUAACAAAUGUAGUGGGCUUUCAUGUGCUACAUGUUUUUUCAUAUUCAUUCUAUAUUCUGGUUUA